GACAGCUCAUUUAAGUCGCGGGUUUUGACCUGACCUUACGAACUUUUUUAUCAAAGUUCUCUAUUUAAAAUAACUUAUUUGGUGCCCUGAGUUAACACCCUUUUCCUUAAUAUAUUUUAAUUAAUUUUUUAAAAAAUGUCCAGCAUCGUAACUGUUAGUACAAAUCCUUACGAAGGACAAAAACCAGGCACCAGUGGUUUGCGUAAAAAAGUUAAGGUUUUUAUGCAAGAAAAUUAUACGGAAAACUUUAUUCAAAGUAUUUUAGACGCUAAUAAAGAGGCUUUAGUUGGAUCUACACUGGUAGUUGGUGGUGAUGGAAGGUACCUGGUGAAAGAAGUAGUAGAUAAAAUUAUAAAAAUAUCCGCCGGUAACGGGGUUGCAAAAUUAUUAGUUGGACAAAAUGGAAUCCUUUCCACGCCAGCCGUGUCACAUAUCAUCAGGAAAUAUCAAACUCUGGGUGGUAUAGUACUGACAGCGUCGCACAACCCGGGCGGCAUCAACAACGACUUCGGGAUCAAAUUCAACUGCAGCAACGGUGGGCCCGCGCCCGACGGCACCACCAACGACAUCUACAGGCUCACCACCGACAUCACGGAGUACAAGAUCGUGCCGGACAUUCACUGUAAUAUCGAUGAAGUUGGCGUCUCCAGGUUCAAGGUAGGGGAGGGGGAGUUUGUAGUGGAAGUGAUAGACUCGGUGAAAGACUACGUUGAAUACAUGAAAUCAAUAUUCGACUUCCCGAAGAUCAAGACUCUGCUGCAGGGCUCCGAGCUGAGGAAACCCUUCAAAGUGCUCAUUGACUCCAUGAACGGAGUAACGGGUCCAUACGUGAGGCGCAUAUUCCUCGAGGAGCUGGGCGCGUCGAUGGGUAGCGUGAGGCGCGUGACCCCGCUGGAGGACUUCGGCGGUGCUCACCCUGACCCCAACCUCACGUACGCGGCCGACCUCGUUAACGAGGUCAAGAACGGGGACUUUGACUUUGGCGCCGCUUUCGAUGGCGACGGUGAUCGCAACAUGAUAAUCGGUCGCAAGGCGUUCUUCGUGACCCCGUCGGACUCGCUGGCGGUGCUGGCGAGCCAGCUGGAGCACAUCCCGUACUUCCGGAGCUCCGGCGUGAAGGGCUUCGCGCGCAGCAUGCCCACCGCCGCCGCCGUCGACCGCGUCGCUGAGGCGCUGGGCAAGGAGAUGUUCCAGGUGCCCACUGGCUGGAAAUACUUCGGCAACCUCAUGGACGCCGGUCGCCUGUCCCUCUGCGGGGAGGAGAGCUUCGGCACCGGCUCGGACCACGUGCGGGAGAAGGACGGGCUGUGGGCGGCGCUGGCGUGGCUCUCCGUGCUGGCGGCCACUGGCAAGUCUGUGGAGGAGAUGCUGGUCGCGCACUGGCAGCAGUACGGCAGGAAUUACUUUACGAGGUAUGACUACGAGGAGUGUCCCAGCGACCCGUGCAAUGAGAUGAUGCAGGAGUUGGAGAAGACGAUGACGUCACCAGGGUUCGUGGGCUCCCAGCACAGCGCCGCGGGCAAGAGCUACACCGUGGCCCUGGCGGACAACUUCUCGUACAUGGACCCCGUCGACAGAAGCGUUGCUAUGAAGCAGGGUCUGCGCAUAGUGUUCGAGGACGGGUCGAGGAUCGUGGUACGACUCAGCGGUACAGGCAGCUCGGGCGCCACCGUGCGACUGUAUAUAGACUCGUACGAGGCUAAAGAUGUGCUGGGCGACGCACAACAGAUGCUGCAGCCUCUCAUACAAGUCGCGUUGGACAUUUCUAAGCUGCAGCAGUACACGGGCCGCGACGCGCCCACUGUCAUCACAUAGACUACGUCACAGCUACGCACCAACUGAUUAGAAAUGACCGGAAGCAUAUGUUAUAGUAAAUAUUUUCCAGUGGGUCUAUCAUGCGAACUACGACAUAUUUCUUGAAAUAUAAGACUUCACUAAAUUUGUCUUAACGUGCAUUUUAGACUUAAUGAUCUAAUAACUAUGUUUGCAGUGACUACAAAUGGAUUCUGGAUUUUUUUGGAUAUUAAAUUUUUGGGAAUUUUUGUUUUAAAUUCGAUAAUUUAAUAAUUUAUUUUUCCUAUUGGACUGUUGAAAUUAUUGGUAAGUAUUGUAUGUAUAUUUUUUAUUCAACAUUGUAAAUUAAAUUAUGAAUUUUUUUACACAUUAUUUAUUGUUAGUAAUAAUAACCAAAGAGUUUUGAAAAAUAUUGUUGUUGUAUAUUUGAUAAUGGUUCAUUUUAAGUAAUUGAUGUUAUCCAAAUGGAUUACAAUUUUAUCAUGUUUAUAGAGAUUUUCUCAAAUAAAAUGUACAGUAACUUA